AUGGCUCAUAACUCUUCCCCGGGGGUGACCCCCAACAUUCAAACCACAGCCGGCGACAAAUCUGCUGGCAUUCAAAAAAUUCCCGAGGGCGAGGAGUUCGAGGUGACGUCACCAAUGGAUAUGACUUUUCGACAGUCCAACCCGCGCCCUAUACCGCCCGGCCGCGCCUUAUUUGGAGAUAAUGCACCGAUCGAAGGAGGAUCACAAAUGGGGGGUUCGCUGUUUAGCCGGAGCCCCUUCUCACAGAAUCCGGGGGAGGAUGGUGACCACGAGGGGGAGCUAGCCCCUCUCCCGGAGCGAUCCGCACAGCAAGGGUUCCCCAGCAAUUACGCGCUAGGUCGCCGGACCUCAGUCUCAGCGGAAUCGUUAAAUCCCACCGAGGCCGGUUCAGAGAGCUGGUCGCCUCCCCACCACCCCAAGACCGAAGAGCAGGUCUCCCGGCUCAAGAGCGCAGUCAGUAGCAACUUCCUCUUCUCUCACCUCGACGAUGAUCAAUUCACAACCGUCCUCAACGCUCUGGUAGAGAAGCCGAUCCCGGCGAAGGAUAUCAAGGUCAUCUCUCAAGGGGAUGCGGGUGAUUAUUUCUACAUCGUCGAGAAGGGAAACUUUGAUAUCUAUAUUCACACUUCCGGUGCUGUGCAGCCCGGUCCCGAUGGUCUGGGCAACAAGGUCGCCUCCACUGGACCUGGAGGUUCCUUUGGUGAACUGGCUCUGAUGUACAAUGCCCCACGUGCCGCGACAGUGAUCUCCACCGAGGCAAAGAGCACCCUCUGGGCCCUUGACCGCAUCACUUUCCGACGCAUCCUAAUGGACUCGGCAUUCCAGCGCCGUCGCAUGUACGAGGCUUUCCUGGAGGAAGUCCCACUACUUUCUUCUCUGAAGCCAUAUGAGCGCUCAAAGAUCGCCGAUGCCCUGGAUACCAUUAAGUAUCCAGCUAAUUCCACCAUCAUCCACGAAGGCGACCCAGGAGAUGCUUUCUAUCUUUUGGAGUCAGGCGAAGCCGAGGCCACCAAGAAUGGUGUCUCUGGACCCGUCAAGAACUACCACCGAGGCGAUUACUUCGGUGAGCUUGCUCUGCUAGAUGAUAAGCCACGGCAGGCGAGCAUCACCACCAAGACGGAUGUGAAGGUGGCACGGUUGGGUCGGGACGGAUUCAAGCGACUUCUCGGUCCCGUCGAAGGAAUGAUGCGACGGGCCGAGUAUGAGCUGGAUGCAAAAGGGUCUCCUGUUUCCAAAGGACUGUGA